AAGAGAUCGGAUCUACUGACACUAUGCACCUGAGCUGCCUCCCCCUACUGGCCCUGCUGGCCCUCUGCUCCGCUCUGGAGGAGCCCAAGAGCAAAUCCAAGGUUUGUGCCAACGUGUUCUGUGGGGCAGGAAGGGAAUGUGCCGUGACGGAGAAGGGGGACCCCACCUGCCUGUGUAUUGAGAAAUGUAAAUCACACAAAAGGCCAGUUUGUGGCAGUAAUGGCAAAACCUACCUGAACCACUGCGAGCUGCACCGCGACGCCUGCCUCACCGGCUCCAAGAUCCAGGUUGACUACGAUGGGCACUGCAAGGAGAAGACGUCGGACACCCCCGCGGCAGUUCCAGUUGCCUGUUACCAGUCGGACCGGGACGAGAUGCGCCGGCGAGUGAUCCAAUGGCUGCAGACUGAGAUCAUCCCCGACGGUUGGUUCUCCAAGGGCAACGACUACAGCGAGAUCCUCGACAGGUACUUCAAGAAAUUCGAUGAUGGCGACUCCCGGCUGGAUUCGGCGGAGCUGCAGAGCUUCCUGGAGCAGAGCCAGAGCACCAACAUCACCACCUACAAGGACGAGGAGACCAACAGGAUGCUGAAGAGUCUGUGUGUGGAGGCUCUCAUUGAACUCUCCGAUGAGAACGCAGACUGGAAGCUGAGUAAAAACGAGUUCCUCAAGUGCCUGAACCCCGACUUCCAGCCCCCCGAGAAAAAGUGCGCGCUGGAGGAUGAGACGUACGAGGACGGCGCCGAGACCCAAGUGCAGUGCAACCGCUGUGUGUGCGCCUGUGGGAACUGGGUCUGCACCGCCAUGGCGUGUGAAGGGAAGGACGGGGAUCACGGGGACGACAUGGGCCGAUACGUUGAGGAGAUCAGGAAGCAACAGGAAACAGUGGAAAACUCCAAGACCGGCAGCAGCAAAGACGCCUAAAGCCAAGAAGCGGAUUCCAUUGGCUGCCGGGGGGGCCGCCCAGGGGCCACAGCAGAAUUAUAUUAAUAUGCAUCAAAGAAAAAUAAUUCCGAUUUUAGGGCAUAGGUGCAACACGAGGGGGGGAGGGGCUUGUGGGGGAGCUUUACCCCCCCAAACCCAAAAAAUCAUGAUCCCUGCGCAAUAAGGCACUCAUCUGUUGUGUUACCGGGUGUCUCUCCAGUCAGGGGCCUCUGUGAUUGGCCGAUUAUUCAUACCAACAAAAUCUAGUGAUUGGGAGAGAAAUCCCUUCCCAGGAUGCCCCUGGCCUAGACCGGACUUGCUGAGUGCCUUAUUGCUUGUGAGUAGCACCUCUGUAUUGGUGCAAAUAGUGCCCCCCCCCCAAAUACUUUCACUUUUAAUUUACCCCCCGAGGGACGGUGUAAGGGAUGCAGGUAGCCAGGGGUUAAUCGACUGGCCGGGCACCUUCCCCUGAGUUUGUUGUUAGACCGGGCCCCGGGGCCCCUACUCUGGGCUUCUAACAAACCAUCUUCUCCCAGUUGAACCAUGAACUUGUUGCCCCCAGAAGUGUAGGUCGUUCGGGGGGUGCCACUUGGUUUGGAGCAGAAAGGACCACAAUGACCCACUUUGUAAGCCCCGCCCCCAAGGGACGUGUUAAGGUGCUAUUGUUUCUGUAACACAGUCGGUCAAGCCCGGAUUGUACCUUUCCAUUUAUACUUUGUCUUCCCGGUAGUGAUUACGUGUGUAAUUGUAGGCGUAGUUUUUAUAUUAUUUUUUUAAUCUCCGUGGCCACUUGUCCUUUAAAGGACUACUGCACUCGGGGGGGGGGGGGGGGGUUACUGCUAUUUGUAGGUCCGUGCAGCCUGGGUAUCAGCAACCCAAAUACUAGGGACGGGGAAUGGUUCCCACACACACAAAAAAGCAAAGUAUCUGCCUGCGGGGUAUGUAAAUCUGUCCAGGAGGGAGGGGCUUAAAGGAUCCGCCCAUGAGGAACUUGCAUUUUUCCAUUCUGGCAUAUCUAACUGCCCACGGGGAAUUGUUAUGAUUGGUGCUUUGUUUGUGUGCCCCCUGGGGGCAGUGAAAUUACUUGAAAUAAACGUUGGCAGAUAUUUCUGGGUGCGUUGAAUUAGGGGGUACAGUACCAGAUCCGAUUGCUGUGUGGGGGGCGGGGCAUAGAGUGCUGAUAUACUGUAAUUAUGAUAAAUCCCCUUAGAUAGUAAUAAGUGGCCCCCUGUGUAGGUAGAAAUUACCCCCCUCCCCCAGUGCGAUUGGACCCCCUAUGUUUCACUGAUUUGAUGCUGUGCCAUAGCAGAACCAGGCUCCUCCUCCUUGGGGGUGGGGCUUAUGCACAUUGUAGCCUAUCAGAGCCGCUGAUUUCCCCCCUCUCAGUAUUCAGAGCUUCCUUCCCGCGUAUAUUUCACCGCCAUAUUUGUUUUUAUAUUUGUAUAUUGUUUUUUAUUCUAUAACGACCAAAUAAAAAUAAAUUAAAAGA